AUGACCGGUUUAAGCACGCAAUUGGCCGUGCUAUGGUGCGUGAUUGCGGCCUCGGUGCAGGAUCAGGGCAUCGGCAAGGCGAUAGUGAAAAAAGAUUUGGCCGUACGACAGAACGCAAUCGGCAAUGGAACUGAUUUUGGAAGUAAUCAUAAACUUCUGACGAUAAAUGAGUGGUUGGAUGUGAACGAUGCAUCCGGCCGCUACACAGGCCAAUAUUUUAUGGGCGACGAAUUUUGGCUGGGAUCAAAAACUUUGUGCACCGAGCUGCAGAAUGCACCGACUAACACAGAAAUUCCACCAUACAAAGUCGCAUUCCACGUCGCCAGAUUGUACAUGCAUGUCCGGAAUGACAAUCCCCGGUUGCUGUGGGUCGGCGAAUGUCUGCCGGCUUCUUGCAAAUCCGAAGAUCUGAUGUCUCUGUUGAGUUCCAGCCGAAACAAUAGCUCCCCGGCGACUGUCGGUGACACCUAUUCUGUUAUGCUCGUUCGCCCUGUUCCUGGACCAUAUAGAAUAUGGGAUGAUAAAAAAUUCUAUGUUAUUGGUGGUUUUGGAGUAGCCACGUUGAUACUGAUGGGUAUAGCAUCUCUGUAUGAAACGUACCUGAUUCGACAGAAAUCUUCUAUGUUAUUAAAAGAUAUAGAAAUUCAGUCCAACAAUAAUACGUCAGCUGUUGGAUCACAAGGAUACCAGAAAACUAAUAGCAAGUCCAGAUAUAAACCCACCAUAGGUUUAUGUUCGCGGUUAUUGUUGGCCUUUUCUGUGCGAUCCAAUGGCCGUAAAGUGUUGGCGACCGAUGCACCGCCACGUGACUCCAUCGCCUGCAUUCACGGAUUGCGAUUUUUAUCGCUGGCCUGGAUCAUCAUGGUUCAUACCUACAUGCAACUUUAUGCAGUUGCUGAUAAUAAACGAUUGAGGAAUAUCACCGAAAGAAAUUAUCUCUACCAGACAGUUGGAAAUGCAACAUUCUCCGUUGAUACGUUUUUCUUCAUCAGUGGUCUUCUGUUGACGAUUCUUUACUACCGGACGUACUCUCCAAAGAACGGCAGCAACCCGAGUGUUUCCAAGAAUUCUUCCUGCCAUCAAGUCAGCCAAGUGACUUCAACACCAUCUUCCGUCACAAACGCUCCAAUAUCUACCAACAGCAAAUCUAGCACACUUCGAAACCACGCUCUCCGUUUCUUCGUGAUGCUUCUGUAUCGAGUUUUGAGAUUAACCCCGGCUUAUUUGUUCGUGAUCGGAGUUAACGAAGUCAUGAUGAGGUACACAUUCAAUAAUAGCGUCUUCGAACCCGGAAUCGAGGAUCACAUCACUUGCAAUUUGUACUGGUGGCGUAAUAUACUGUACGUGAACAAUCUGUAUCCUCAGAAAGAGAUGUGCAUGGUUUGGUCCUGGUACAUGGCGAAUGAUACACAGUUCUACAUUAUCGGAGUCUUGAUGUUGCUAUUCUCGUUCAAGUAUUUCAAGUAUGUAGUAGCCACAUUGCUCGUGUUCCUCGUCUCAUCCUGGGUGACCACCGCCUACGUGUCGAUCUGGUUCCAGUACACUGCCAAAAUUUCAGCUCCGUUUGAGAUGUUUGAUCCUUUGUACGACAAACCAUGGUCCAGAAUCGGUCCUUACUUGAUAGGUAUGUGCACCGGUUGGCUUUUACAUCGCAUCCAAAAUCGUCUCAUUUUGCCGGCAUGGGCAGUAGUACUCGGCUGGACUUGUUCCUUGGCCAUUAUGUGGAGUUUAGUCUACGGAAUGCUCUACGGAAGCCUCAGCGUAGCAGCUACUGCGGCCUACGUCAGUAUUGGACAUACCGCCUGGGGCGUAUCUCUGGCGUGGAUUACGGUCGCGUGUCACACCGGCUACGGCGGCAUCGUAGCAAAAGUUCUAUCGUACCGUGGAGCUUUGCCACUGAGCAGACUGACGUACUGCGCCUAUCUGGUUCACCCUAUGAUUAUGAUGAUAUCCAGCUUUCAAUUGGAUGGACCAUUUCACUUGCACAAUGGAAUUGUGUUAAUCGUGUACAUGGGCAAUGCAGUUGCUUCCUACAUGAUGUCAUUUGCAAUUUCUAUGGCGUUCGAGUCCCCAGUUGUAAGGUUGCUCAAAAUAGCAUUCUCGACAGGUAAGAAAGGCGCACAAGGAAAAACGUAA